AUGGCUGCUUCCAAGGCAUCUUCAGUUACUUUUCUUGGAUUGAUAUGUGUGUUAUUUGUCUUUAACGCAGCAAAUGCGCAAUUGAAAGUAGGGUUUUACUCUAAGACAUGUCCACGAGCUGAGGCCAUUGUUAAGGAAGUUAUUGAUCAAGUCAUGUCAGUAGCUCCUUCCCUUUCAGGACCAUUGUUGAGGAUGCAUUUUCAUGAUUGCUUUGUUAGGGGUUGUGAUGGCUCAGUGCUAUUGGACGCUACUAAAGGUCAGCAAGCUGAAAAGGAUGGAAUUCCAAAUCAAACCCUUCGAGGAUAUGAAAUUAUUGACAGAGUCAAGUCUGCAUUGGAAAAGGAGUGUCCUGGAAUAGUUUCAUGCGCAGACAUUGUUGCUAUUGUGGCCAGGGAUGUAACUUUUGCGACCAAGGGACCAUACUGGCAAGUUGAAACCGGACGAAGAGAUGGAAGGGUGUCCAUUGCAGCUGAAACCUUAACAAACCUGAUACCUCCUAAUGCAAACAUUACUACAUUAAUAGCAAGAUUUCAAGCUAAGGGUCUAAACCUAAAAGAUUUAGUGGUGCUAUCAGGUGGGCACACUAUUGGAACUUCUCAUUGCUCUUCGUUCAAUUCCAGGCUUUACAACUUCACUGGAAGAGGAAUAAACAAUGACUUUGACCCGACAUUAGACCCAUAUUACGUAAAACAAUUGAAAAUCAAGUGCAAGCCAGGAGAUCAAAAUUCUCUUGUAGAAAUGGAUCCAGGAAGCGUUAGGACAUUUGAUGAUGACUAUUACACACUUGUUGUUGGGUCCCGGGGUCUAUUCCAAUCCGAUGCAGCUCUUCUCGACAAUAGUGUUACAAAAGCUUAUAUCAAGCUUCAGGCAGCCACACAGGGAUCCAGUUUCUUCAAAGACUUUGCUGUGUCCAUGAUCAAAAUGGGUCGGGUCGGGGUUCUUACUGGUACUGCAGGCGAAAUCAUGAAAGUCUGCAGCAAGAUUAACUAG